GAAGUGCUGGGAACAUCCCGAACCUGCCUCGGCCACCAGCCCCCAGAUUAGCAGCUCACAGGACCCGCAGGGGAUGCCCGCUGUUCCGCUUGCUAAGUGCAUUAGCUCUGCGCACCUCCCUUGUCUCUGCAAGCCAUCGGAGGCGCCUGCUCUGGGGCCCCGGGGCACCCCGACCGGUCAGAACGGACUGUCCUUUCUAGAGGAGGGGAGGAGCGCUGGGGGACAGCGGAGAACGGGAGUCGGGGUGAACAGCAGGGGGUGUUUAAGGGGUGUCUCGAGAGGGGAGGGGAUUUGGGGUGCUCCCUGCUCGACGAGGUCGGGGGAGAGGGUGGUGACAGGCUAAUUCAAACCCGGGGAAAGAGAAGGGAUUGGAUGCCGGGCAAAAGGUGAUGGCUGCGGGAGGCUGGAGAGGAGCGGGAAAACAGGCCGGGGGUUCUGGAGUUGAGGUGGGGGCGCGGGACCGCACUGGGACUGGCGGGGGAAGCGGAGGGCUUCAAGUGCGGAGGUAGGGUGGGGCGAGAGCUGAUGUUCCAGCGGGCGUUCCUCAUCCUCCGCGCGUCUGCUGCUCUGACACUAACCGAGAUGGAUUGGGUGGUGGAGACGCCGUGGCCCCGGGCGCCACAUCGCUCAGCCGCCGCCCCCGCAACGGAGGGAUGGGGCGCGGGUCCAGCGGUAGAUAAAGGGAUGGCGAGGCAAGCGGGGGACAGGAGGCCCCAACAGUAGCAUGAGCGGCACAGACCCGAGCCACGCUUCGGGCACGGUCCCCUACUCGGACUCCGGCCGAGCGGCGGUUGCCUCGGCUUACCAGCGCUUCGAGCCCCGUGCCUACCUCCGCAACAACUAUGCGCCUCCUCGCGGAGACCUGAGCAGCUCUGAUGGCGUCGGGCCUUGGAAGCUGCGCUGCAUGGCUCAAACCUUCGCCACAGGUGAGGUGUCUGGACAGGCCCUCAUUGACAUUGGCUCCGGCCCUACCAUAUACCAGCUGCUCAGCGCCUGUGCCCACUUUGAGGACAUUACUAUGACAGACUUCCUGGAGGUCAACCGUCAGGAGCUGGGACUCUGGCUGCAUGAGGAACCAGGAGCUUUUGACUGGAGUGUGUACAGCCAGCAUGCCUGCCUCAUUGAGGGCAAAGGUGAGUCCUGGCAGGAGAAGGAACGCCAGCUGCGAGCAAGGGUGAAGCGAGUCCUGCCCAUCGAUGUGCACCAGCCCCAGCCCCUGGGCGCUUCAAGCCUGGCACCCCUGCCUGCUGAUGCCCUGGUGUCUGCCUUCUGCUUGGAGGCUGUGAGCCCAGAUCUGGCCAGCUUCCAGCGGGCGCUGCAUCACAUUACCACAUUGCUGAGGCCUGGGGGACACCUUCUCCUCAUUGGGGCCCUGGAGGAGUCAUGGUAUCUGGCAGGGGAGGCCAGGCUGGCCGUGGUGCCAGUGUCUGAGGAGGAGGUGAGGGAGGCCCUGGUACUUGGUGGUUAUGAGGUCCGAGACCUUCGCACCUACAUCAUGCCUGCCCACCUCCAAACAGGUGUAGAUGAUGUCAAAGGCAUCUUCUUUGCCUGGGCCCAGAAGAAGGCGGGGAUGCAGGUGUAAGGGCCCCAUGUGCCAGGUGUCCUGUGACCCUCCUCCACCCAAGCUCCCUAGUACCUGAAACAGCAACUAAUAAAGCAACCAUUCACUGC